ACCCCUUUUGCUUUUCUUUCUGGCCAACGAAAGUAACUGUCAGUGUAGAGUGCGAAAGCCGCAAGGGCCAAAACAGCUGUUGCAAUCAUUUGUUGACGACGCGUGCAAAACAGACUUAGUUUAGGAAACUUUCUUAAAAUGCCGGAGAUUGUAGAAAAGGGCGAGGAAUUCGACGUGGUCACGUAUUUCCUCCAGUUGCUUGAUAAUGACAAAGACAUGUCAUCGGGAAUAGCGGCCAUUAAAACGCUGUUGAUGAUCCUGGAGAAGAAGCAGUUUGGCACCAUACAUAUACUGCACACCACAAUGCGGGAGGCGGUGGCAGCCAUGCGCAAUACUGAUCUGUCCAUAGCGGCGAUUGUCUCCGCCGGUGAGCUCUUCUGCCGCUUCAUUACGCUUAGUCUGGACGACAAGCAUAUGGAGGAGUGCCGACAAAUAAUGUUGCACCGUGGAAAAAUCUUCCUUACCAAGCUGAAUAAUUCGCGACAAGUGAUUGCCCAGCAAGCACAGCGUUUUAUAUGUGACGGAGGCCGCAUUCUCACACAUUCACGUUCCCGCGUGGUGCUUAAAGCGUUGAUAACAGCGUCGAAAAAUAAAAAAUCGUUCCAUGUCUAUGUGACGCAAGGCGGCACCGAAAACUCUGGGGACGAAAUGAUUAAGGAUUUAAAAGCUGCCGGAAUUGAAUGCACUUUAAUACUGGACUCUGCCACGGGAUAUGUUAUGGAAUCAGUGGAUUUUGUUAUGGUGGGCGCGGAGGCUGUUGUUGAGAGUGGUGGCAUCAUCAACCGUAUUGGCUCGUACACAAUGGGAUUGUGCGCACGCGAGAUGAAGAAACCUUUUUAUGUGCUUGCUGAGAGUUUUAAAUUCUCCCGUCUGUAUCCUUUGAAUCAACGAGAUCUGCCAAAUGAAUACAAGUACUCGCGUAAACACCUAAAUGAUGUCGCGAAAGUUCAUCCCCUGGUCGACUACACACCGCCCGCCUAUAUCACUUUGUUGUUUACCGAUCUGGGCAUCCUGACGCCUUCGGCUGUGAGCGAUGAAUUAAUCAAACUUUAUAUGUAACUGGCAAUAAAAACACAGGAAAUGCAA